AUGGCAGACCUGAAGCCGGAGUCGGCACAUGGAAGCCUUUGGUCCAACUAUGCUGGCUCGACUGUCCCGUUGUCAACCCGUUUUCCAAAUACCGUGGAGUCGUCUCUUCCUCAUUCCUCGGCGGCGUCCUCGUUGCAUCAUCCAGCGCGAGCCAGGAGCAGUGUCGACCACUCGUAUCCUUAUCCAAGAUACUCCCACGGAGAACCGGAAGCUUACAGCAGACACCCGCAACCGCCCUUGACGCAGCACCACAGCUAUCCCAAUCUGAAGCGAUCGUAUGAUGAGAGCGAACACCCGCCGUACCAGGAAAUUGUCCAGGACCUCCGGGACGAUGGCUCCAAGCUGACAGUAAACCAUGACCACAAACUGCUGUCGUUCCGCAGAGUCCAGGACAAGCACACCAUCGUUGACCAGCAUGGCCGCAUGCAGCAGCUGGAAUUAUCAGCGCAACUCCAUGGGAUGUUCUUCCUCUCGGAAAUGCCUUCCAAUAGCAAUGAUGGCUCGAUACUGCAACCCGAGCUGACGUGCUACCGGCGAAAUCUUUUCCAGAUUAGCGGUUCGCUCAUCACGCCACGAGGCCAGUUGUCCAUUCUGCGUGCAGAGACGGGGGAGCAGGUGCCCGUAAGCAACACCGAGGUUACAGUAUCAGCAAUCGAGUCAGUAGACGGCCAUCCUGUCCGUCUGAUCGUCAUUCCCUGGAAGACGCCACCACCGAACGCCCCCGAAAUACCCCAAGGCCCGGACCAGGAACCCCCUUCCUUGCCCUUGAUUCCGUUCCAGGAUGAUGGCACAGAGACGGACGGAGACUACGCUGUAUAUCCAAUCGGUUGGCGACGUCUCCAAUUCAGAAUAGCGACUGCGAACAAUGGACGGCGGAAGGAACUCCAGCAGCAUUUUGUGGUGCACCUGAAGGUGAUGGGAACUUUGACGGAUGGGACAAAGGUGGUCCUGACUGAGGCCGCAACCGCACCCAUCGUUGUUCGAGGGAGGAGCCCGAGAAACUUCCAGGCCAGGAAGGAAAUCCCUCUACUGGGCUCGAGUGCAGGGUCGAGAGGACAGGCCCUCGUUGAGACGGGACUGGGUAUUGUUGCAGGGCCGUUAACGGUGAAGCACCAGGAUCCCAAGUUGCGAGGGUUGAACUUGGAAUUGCCUAGAACAGCUUUCACGUUCAACGCUUCAAAGCUGCCGGGUAGCCCUAUGACGAUGAGAUCCAACUCUUAUCCUACCUGGAAUCCUUCGAAUCAGCUUCCCGUAUCACAGAUGCCACAGUCUGCAACCGCUGCUUAUGCGCCAACGAGCCUCUCUUCAGACGCUUAUCAGAAGCUGCCCUUGUCAGGAACAUCGACGUACACGACGGAACCACAGGAGAUGCCGCUUCAGUCAUCCAUGCCGCCUGUCCAGGUAUCCAUGGUCGCCAACGAGCAGCAGCCUGCCAUCAGAACACAGUACGCGUACGUCCAGAACACCACAGCUCCUCCGCAGCUCUCGAUUCCUACGACGGCCAUGAGCACCAGCUCUGAUAACAGCCUCAGCGUCCCCCGGUACAUGGACAGCUCUAGGCCCUCAAAGAGCCCACGACAUGCCACCAACCAGUCCGUACAUAGCACCGGCUCCAUCACGAAUAACGACACUUCUGAAUACCGUUACGGAUCGUCGUAUGUGCCAGUCAACCACGGCAACCCUAGCGACAUGGGCUCAUCCUCCUACACCACGGGAGACGGUAGCUCAGCCGGUGGUCAUGGGCAGCAGAGCUCGUCACGAGAUUACUACCCACCUACCACGUCCUGGACGACAACCGCCAGCGAGCCGAGCGUAACCGCUUAUCACCACGCUGACAGUCGGCCAUACGGCUACUCGGAUCAGUACAAGGCAGGCCAUAAUGUGCCACCCUUGAAGACGGAGCAUAGUCACGCUCAGGCAUCGUACGGUAGCUCAAUGGGCCAUUACAACUGGAGCCCGACGUAA